AUGAUUGACCGACUCUUCGACAUGCUUAAUUCGCAAAAUCCGUUGGGGAAAGGGUGUAAAAAACCACUUCGUCCAUCAUCCAAGGAUACUUGGGAAGAAAUCCUACGAUCAACAGCAUCGUACUUGCUUGGCCUCAAGACCAAUACAGAUGUUAAGCAACCGCUGUCAAAACAUCCACGCAAAACAUUUGUGAUUGGUUUUGUUGCAUCAAUUAAGUCAACAAUCGAAAUGGCAAAUGAAAUGUUCACAAGUACUAUCAAUCCAUUCAAGUAUUUACUGACAUAAAAAUACUCGCAAGAUCACAUUGAACUAUUGUUUGCCUGCAUUCGAGCAAGAGGUGGUUGGAACAACAAUCCAAACUGCUUGCAAUUUAAAUACGCCACGCGAAAGAUGUUGCUCAGGAACGCUAUAACAGCUUCCAAAAAUGCAAAUUGCCAAAGUUUUCCAGGUGUUGCAUCUCAUAGCAUAAUACCAUUUUUCCAUACAAGGAAGCAUAAAGCACCACUAAAUAAUCUGGUCGAAGCAGAUGCAAAUACCACAGGCAAAGUCCACAGUGCACCACAGGGGAAUACACCAGAAGAGAUCAUGAUGCUCGAACAUUUAAACACAACAACAACAUCAGAAUUUCUGGCCAAUGUCCUCUUUUACAUUGGAGGUUUUAUUGUGUCCAAACUUGUUCAAGAGCUUGAAUGUCCAUUUUGCAAAAGCUGUCUUCUUUCCUGUUUUUCCACACCAACUCCUGACCACGACUACUGUGCAAUGGGGUACAAUGAAGUAAGCACAACUUCUGUUUUUACAUUGUUCAUCAAUAAAAGUGGUCUGCGAAUCCCUUCACAGUCAGUCUACCAAGUUGUUGAGUUUUCUGAAAAAGUAUUUAAAGCAUAUGUAUGUAAGGAAGGUCGAACCAUCACAAGGGAGAAAAAAUUAAAGCAGAGAAUGAUCAUGGAGGUAUGUCAACACUUUGUCAUGGAUUCAAAGCAAUUGUUCGACGAUCACCAGGAAGGAGCCAACGAGAAUGUGUUCGAGGACGACCAUCGCACAUUACUCAUCAAACUUACUGCAGACAAGUACUUUACACUAAGACUAUUCACCUACAGCAAACGCUACAACGAAACGGUUGUCACCGAAGGGAAGCCAAGCAACAGACACAAACUUACCAAGUUAAUCUUGUUCAGAAACGUACCAGUGAAAUCGUGA